AUGAUUAGCGGUAGCUCGCAGCUUUUUCUCCAGAAUUUAUGGGUAAAAGGAUACGACUGGGACCAACCACUUUCCAACACAGAGACAAUUCAGUGGCAAAACACAUGCGACAAAAGCACGGAGUUUUCGAAGAGCAUACCUCGACACGCUCCUUCGCACGCGUUCGCAGCAUGUAAUUAUGUAAGAUGCGUUGAUAAAAGUACGAUCAACUCUCACUUACUUGUGCAUGCUCUUGCUGAAGAUCGAGUAGCUUGGACAGAGCCAUGCUCAAAACCAAUACCAACACAGUUCAAAAAAUAUCAAAGCAUCAUACAUUGCCACGCGGUCUUGAGCAUGGAAAACAUCACUACUCAUUUCUUCUUCGGAUUGUCUGAACCAAAACUCGUUCAACUUCCUUGGUAUCCAACGAUUGUACACCCAUACAGCGUACAGCACCGGCAGUUCGGCGAGCGCGUAUGCUGGCCCACCCCGCUCAACCGGUGGGUAGAAAAGGAAGCACUAAUGCAGAAGUUCAAACAAACACCUUAUGAAGAACUAUGCUUCUUCCGAUGUCAGACACAAACUAGGAGAAAGGAAAGCAAACAUCUCAUUCUGUCUAGAUCCAUUUUUUCUCACAUGCCUCGUGCUUUUAAAUUCGGUCCAUUGCACCAUGUACAAGAAGUGUACUGCACCGACUAA